AGCGCAGGCGAUCUCCGCCGGUCUCCGCCGUAUCCAUCCGCCAUAUCCGGCAGAUCGAUAAAGAUUCGCGAUGGUGGUGGUGCCCCUUGGGCAGAGCGCGGUUGGCUGCCCCGUUGCCGCCGGCAUUGAUUCGCUGACGGCGAAAUCGGGGGUCUCAAAGGCGCUGACCCGUUGCCACGUAGCUAAUGGCUCGCCCGUGAGGUCGAGCGGGGGGGCAGGAAGCUCAGCGAGAUCAGCGGCCAUCGCGCGCCCCUUCUCUUGUCCGGCAUCGCCGAUACCGAAAAGCGCGCGCAGUUCUCCAAGCUCGGGGCAGCGGCCAUUGGUGUCAUCUGCUGCGCCGCGCGCGUCAUUUUCCGCGGGUCUCCGCCAUCGCCGUCAUGUCAGCUCCUGCCCCUCAGCCUGCGGUGCUAAUCCCGCGGAGGCGGCGCUCUCCUCCCUCUCUCUCCGCCGUGUCCUCCCCUCUUGCUCUUCUUCUCGCCGGGAAUCGUAUCUCCCCCUCGGCAGCACUGCAAGAUGGCUGCGCGGCGAUCCCGACGCCGCGAUCUUCCGCUCGUCGGCCCCACCGAGCACGGGAUUGCUGACCAGCAACAGCGCCGGCGGGCUUUUGACAGCUCGGGCGGAAGCCGCGGCGGGAACCCUGACCACCAGCGGCGGACAAGGAGCGCCGGCGGCGGCCGUGGAAAUCGCCAUCCCCGCGCCAGCGUGGGAGGGCGCCAAGCCGCUGCCUUUCCUCCUCUCCGUGGGUGUAGGCCUUGCCGUGCGCUUCCUUGCGCCACGUCCCCUCGCCGUCUCCCCUGCAGCUUGGCAGCUGCUCGCCAUCUUCUCGUCUACGAUCACGGGACUGGUCCUUGGCCCGCUACCGGUCGGCGCAUGGGCUUUCCUCGGCCUGACCACCGCUGUGCUCACCAAGACUUUGUCGUUUUCCGCGGCAUUCAGCGCCUUCUCUAGCGACGUGAUAUGGCUGAUCGUGAUCUCUUUCUUCUUCGCGAGGGGAUUCGUGAAGACCGGCCUGGGGGAUCGAGUUGCCACGUACUUCGUGAAAUGGAUGGGGAAGUCGACACUUGGCCUUAGCUACGGGCUCACCAUGGCGGAAGCGCUCAUCGCGCCGGCAAUGCCGAGCACUACGGCGCGCGCCGGAGGGGUGUUUGUCCCCAUCAUCAAGUCUUUGUCUCUCUCGGCAGGCAGCAAACCCAACGAUCCCUCCUCCAAGAAGGUGGGAGCAUACCUCAUGCAGUCGCAGUUGCAGGCAGCAGGGAACUCCAGUGCAUUGUACCUUACAGCUGCAGCUCAGAAUCUGCUCUGCCUUAAGCUGGCAUCAGAGCUAGGUGUGUCUCUGCCGAGUGCAUGGAUGUCGUGGUUCAAAGCCGCAAGCGUACCAGCUCUCACUGCAUUGCUGACCGUGCCUUACCUAAUUUAUAAACUUUUCCCGCCGGAGGAUAAGGAAACUCCAGAGGCGCCGAGAAUCGCUGCAGAGAAGCUGCGAAAGCUGGGACCCGUAACGAAGAAUGAGUGGAUCAUGGUGGCGACCAUGCUGGUGGCUGUUACAUUAUGGGUACUUGGGUAAGUCGUUGCCAGCCUGUCCAUUUCUCUUUUCCACCCACAGAUCACCAUCCAUCGC